AUGGACGUAGAAUCUUUUGUUUUGUCAGUACGAUCUCGUGAGUCCAUUUGGAACCAGCAACUGGCUAAUCACCAUAAUAGGUAUGUCCUCGACAAGCUGUGGAAGGAGGUGGGACAGGAAAAUAACUGUUCAGUGAAAGAUGCACAACAGAAGUGGAAGUCCCUGAGAGACUACUACAGAAAAGAAAUUCGAAAAAUGCAAGAGGAGCGAUCGGGAUCCAGUGCUGACACCAUUUACAAGUCGAAUUGGCCCUAUUUUAUGUUAUUGGAUUUUUUGAGAUCUCAGUUCAAGACGAGACCUACUUCAGGUAACUUAAAAGAGAAAAUCAAACCUAACAAGUGCUUGGACUCAGCAGCUACGGAAGGCGUUCCUAUGGCAAGCGACGAAAACUUUGAUUUUGAAAAUAGUCAAAUUGAGGAGUCCUAUGCAUCUAAUCAGCCUCCAAACGAUACAGAGGCUACUGAGAUGAGAACUGAUAGAGACAUGAAUGAUGACUUACCACCAGAUGAGUAUCUGGACGAGCCACCAGAUGAGUAUCUGGACGAGCCACAAGACGAGUAUCUGGACGAGCCACCAGAUGAGUAUCUGGACGAGCCACCAGACGAGUAUCUGGACGAGCCACCAGACGACUAUCUGCACGAGCCACCAGACGAGUAUCUGGACGAGCCACCAGACGAGUAUCUGGACGAGCCACCAGACGAGUAUCUGGACGAGCCACCAGAUGAGUAUCUGGACGAGCCACCAGAUGAGUAUCUAGACCAAAUACCAUGA